AUGGAAAAGCGUCAGACCAAUGACUCUUUUCAACAUGAGCUUGAAGAUUUCAUUAGAAAGCAGAGAGCCAGAGGAUUACAUCCAAGGAUCUAUUUCAGAAAUACGGCAGAGGAAUCUUUUCACCAAGAAAGAGACUGUGUCAGCCCGGGAGCUCCGAUGCUGGGGCCACCUCUCUCAUCCAGAAAACACCCCAGAUCCUCUACUUCCUAUGAAAGGCCGACAGUGGAAAACCUGGUACCUCACUGCAGACGAAGACUGGAAUCUCUAAAACAUCAUCAGAAAAACCAGCCAGUCAGUCAAGAUGGAAAGGAAAGGCCCCGUCACCAAGAGUGGGAAGGAGCCACCAGUGUGGAGCAAAGGACGCCCAAGAGGAAACACCACAGAGAGAGGGCUUCCCACAAAGAAGACAGAGGCCCCAGCAGAAGGAAGGCCUCCCCAGAGCCAGCGGGAACUGAGAAGUCCAAGCCCAGAAAGAGGACCCGCCACGAUGGAAGAGACCCCACCAGAAGCAGGCGCCAGUCCCACAGAGAGAAGAAGGAGCCAGAGGAGAGGGAUUUGUGGGAUGAAGCCAUCUUGGGCAGUUGCGACUGAUGUUUGGGCAUUUGGGGUCCCAAAAGUCAACAACUUGGUUCUAUUGGUAAGGGUGGAUCAAAUACCUCAAAGCAAUUAGAUGUCAGUCUUCUGCCAUGGUCCAUUUACUCUACUGGUGUGGAGCGUUCAGAUGGCUGACAUCUCCCUGACCAGGGCUCACUUUCCGUUCUGUGGCUCGUUGUUGUCUCCAGUACCUCUACUCCCUAUUGUUUCUGCCCCUGGACACUCUGGAAAAUUCAGCCAUUUUCUUACCAUUGUUGCUACCAUGGAAACCACGGGGGCAAUACCUGCUGCCACCUUCGCCAUUGCCACCAUUUAGAAGCUACUCCUGUCAUCCACUCCCUCUUCUCGUCACCACUCAGCCCCUCUGCUAGUGAUAGAGAGCAAAAGAAGACGAGAGGGUUGUGAUCUACACCAGUCA